AAUUCACUAGCUCGCGCUUGCUUGAUCAUAGUAACUGUUACAGCAAAGCUGUAAUUAGAAUCAAGAGAGUGAGAGAGCAAGGACUCCUGUAGAGCACUGCAUGGCCAACAACAGCGUGUCGAGUAUCGUGUGCAACUCGCGCGUGCUCAUCAGGUGCUCCUCGUCGUCGGGGAGGGGCCAGCAGAGCGUGGCGGCCGUGAGGGUGAAUGGGGCGGCGCACCGCACGCCGCUGCAGGUGGGGACGGCGCUGGAGACGUCCAUCCACGUGUCGAUAGCAGAGCUGCAGGCGCCGCCCACGGUCGUCGACGACGACGAUGGCUGCAGCCGGCGGCAGAACAUCCCGACGGAGAAGCAGGACGAGGACCCGUUCCGGCAGGCGCUGAUCGUGGAGGGCGGCGUGCGGUACCGGCAGACCGUGGUGGUGCGCUCGUACGAGGUCGGCCCAGACAAAACGGCCACGCUCGAGACCCUGCUGAACCUUCUCCAGGAGACUGCACUGAACCACGUGUGGAUGUCGGGUCUCCUCGGCGACGGCUUCGGCGCGACGCACGGGAUGAUCAAGAACAGCCUCAUCUGGGUCGUCUCCCGGAUGCAAGUCCAAGUCGAUCGCUACCCCAUAUGGGGAGAGGUGCUGGAGAUCGAGACGUGGGUGGGCUCUUCGGGGAAGAACGGCAUGCGGCGCGACUGGCUCAUCCGCCGCCGCAGCUCCGGCGACGUCUUCGUCCGAGCAACGAGCACCUGGGUGAUGAUGAACAAGGUCACCAGGAGGCUGUCCAAGAUGCCCGAGGAGGUCAGGGGAGAGAUCUCGCCGUGGUUCAUCGACUCGCACGCCAUCCAGGAGGAGGUGACCGACAGCAUUGUCAAACUCGACAGUAGCGCCAAAUACGUCGACUCUGGCUUGAAGCCCAAGCGCAGUGAUUUGGAUAUGAACCAACACGUCAAUAACGUCAAAUACGUACGGUGGAUGCUCGAGACUAUCCCCGAUCAGUUCGUGCGGCACCAUCAGCUUAGCAGCAUCAUCCUAGAGUACAGGAAGGAGUGUGGGAUCUCCGAUGUUGUGCAGUCUAUUUGCGAACCAGACCAGGACUCGAUUUCACCGGAAGAAAACGUUACCAUGGUGAGGGGACCCUCACUUUUGCCAGAAAUCAUCAAUGGCCACCACAGCUUGGCUGGUGCACUUCACAAAUGGCCAACGAAGUACACACAUCUUCUGCAAUUGAAAGCAGGUGAUGGGUAUGGCGAGAUUGUAAGGGGUAGAACCACGUGGAAGAAAAAGUUAUAACGACUCCUAGACCAUGAUUUUCUUAUUUGGAGAAUUAUGCUUCUUGAUUUUGUGUAUUCUACGUGUGUCUUCUGCUUUAGCGGCUCCAGGUGUGUUGGAGAUGUGCUUGCUAUCUAUACGUGUGUACAUGUUGCCAGGGCAAAGUAUCAUAGAAAGAUAAUGUUGUUAUACAAUAAAUCUCUUAUAUGGGUCGAGCCACGAAUCCAACACGACAAAGACCAAGUCAACAAUUUUCCAUCACAAUCAACAUGCCAACAAGAUGCAGGGGAGAAGACCAUAGUCAAAAUGGUGGAAGAACUUGAAGGGAAGAGAAAAAUUAAAAAAAGAUGGGACUAAAUGGAUGAAAGAUCGGUCCCUCGAUACACAACCAAAUCACGUGCGUGAUUUGGUUGGAUGUGGGGAAGACCUCAGGUGCCUAACAGACGAACAACAUAAUUUACCCAAGUUUGGGCCUCCUUAGAUCGGGUAACAGGCCUACUCAUGUUUUACUUGUAU